CAUGAGAGGAUGGGAAGGACCGAUAUUUAUCCUUAGCUGCCGCCUCAGCAUGGAGAGCCAUGCCAGCCCCCGCCCUGGAGGGCUGUCCUACUGUGUGGCUUUCUCCCAGCUGCUGGGCCUCACCGUGGUGGCGGUGACCGGCGCCUGGCUGGGUCUGUACCGGGGAGGCAUCGCCUGGGAGAGCGCCCUGCAGUUUAAUGUGCACCCGCUCUGCAUGGUCAUAGGCCUGAUCUUCCUGCAGGGAGACGCCCUGCUGGUUUACCGCGUCUUCAGGAACGAGGCCAAACGCACAACCAAAAUCCUGCACGGGCUGCUGCACGGCUUUGCCUUCAUCAUCGCCCUGGUGGGCCUGGUGGCAGUGUUCGACUACCACCGGAAAAAGGGCUAUGCUGACCUGUACAGCUUGCACAGCUGGUGCGGCAUCCUUGCCUUUGUUCUCUAUGUUGUGCAGUGGCUGGUGGGCUUCAGCUUCUUCCUGUUCCCUGGAGCUUCGUUUUCUCUGCGGAGCCGCUAUCGCCCACUGCACAUCUUCUUUGGCGCCUCCAUCUUCCUCCUGUCUGUGGGCACAGCCCUGCUGGGCCUGAAGGAGGCGCUGCUGUUUAAACUCGGGACCAAGUACAGCAUGUUUGAGCCCGAGGGUGUCCUGGCCAACGUGCUGGGGCUGCUGCUGGCCGGCUUUGCUCUGGUUGUGCUCUACAUCUUGACUCGCACCGAAUGGAAGCGGCCCCCCCAGGCCGAAGAGCAAGCCCUCUCCAUGGACUUCAAGACACUGACGGAGGGCGACAGCCCCAGCUCCCAGUGACAGGCUGCUCAGGCCCUGCGGGGGUGGCGGGGCCUGAGUGUGGGGCCUGGCUGCGCGACCUGUCAGCGGGGCCUCCUCGGGUCCCGUUAUCACAGGUGUCUCUCCCACAGCCUCGGGGGGCUGCCUUCAGGAUUCCUGGCUCCCGGGAUGCUGGGCAGAGCGGGUGGGGACCGGAGUGGGUGGGGACCGUGGGGGCAGCCUGCCUCUUUGAGCAAUGGUUUCCAGGCUGUAGGGCUUGGCCACCUCUGCUUCCCCCUCCUCACUGAUGCUUUAGUGCCCUGUUAGUCAUGUGCAGACCCUGUCCCUGGUGUCCCCAUCACCCCCUCAAAUGGAGAAGCUUUGAGUAGGCGUUUGGGUGAUCGCAGAAGCUCAGACCCCUGAAGGAGUCGGAGAGCGGCUCCCCCAGUAGAGGCAGUGGGUGAGGGCCGAGUCCUCGGGCUGUGGGGGAACUGGGCCUCAGCGACAGGCCCGGCAAAGCCAAGAGUUGCUUUGUGUAACUGAAUUCAAGCCAGGAGUCUCGUUAGCCUGGGGGGACACAUGGUCCGAAUGAGCCUGGUGUUUGGCAGUGGAACAAGUGAUAUUAUCUGUAAACUAUGUGGGUGUUCAGAGUGCAGCUCCCCUGGAGGGGGGCGGGACUGGCCCCUGGGAAGCUCUGGAGACAGCUCUCACCCAGCUGUGCUCUCCAGCCUUCCCUUCUUUAGCUCUUUGGCCCCAGGAUGGCUUUGCUGGGAGAGGGGAUGGGGCACAGACAAACCUCCCCCGGCAGCUGAAGAGGAGGGAGAGGGCCCCUGCGUAGGCUGCUGUGGGUGGUGGCUUACCUUGCAGCUCAGCCUGCGGCUCCCAUUGUCCAUGCUCACCAGCCAGGCAGGCACUGCUCUGACCAGAGGCUGAGGGCACCACCUUUUUAUCAAUGAAAAGCUGCUGCUCCUGCCCCCUUUCCCUUUCAAUGGGGCGGCGGGGCUGCCCGCUUCUGUCCGGGAGGAAGCCUCAUCUGCCCUGACCUUCCAGGGCCCAUCUCUGCAGGAAGUGGGGACUGAGUCGGAAUCACAGUAACCCCCCAACCCCACACAUGUGCUGUGCUGUUAGCCGAGUCACUGUUUGGCUUCAGUCUAGAAAUAACGUGAUUAGAGCAUCGAUCUUGUGCUUGGACUUGGCGAGUGUUCUCUCCUUGUUUUGUUCAUUUUCUGGGCUUUGAGGAGCAUGACACAGUUCGAGACAGACACGGUUUACUUAAAUGAAGAAGUUAAUAACAUU